UUGGAUCUUGCUGUUGGCCCUGCCCUUUGGCUCUUGGUUCAAGAUGGAGACACUCUCUCAGGAUUCCCUGCUGGAAUGCCAGAUCUGUUUUAAUUAUUACAGCCCACGACGAAGGCCCAAGUUGCUGGAUUGCAAGCAUACCUGCUGCUCAGUGUGCCUCCAGCAGAUGAGGACCAGCCAGAAGGACGUAAGGUGCCCCUGGUGCCGUGGUAUCACCAAGUUGCCCCCAGGCUUCUCUGUAUCCCAGCUGCCCGAUGACCCCGAGGUCCUGGCAGUCAUUGCCAUACCGCACACUUCCGAGCACACCCCAGUCUUCAUCAAACUUCCGAGCAAUGGGUGCUACAUGCUGCCCCUGCCCAUCUCUAAGGAGCGCACGCUGCUGCCAGGAGACAUGAGCUGCCGUCUGUUGCCUGGGAGCCAGCAGAAGUCCCUCACCGUGGUGACCAUCCCUGCAGAGCAACAGCCGCUGCAGGGUGGAGCUCCCCAAGAGGCCGUGGAGGAGGAGCCUGACAGACGGGGUGUGGUGAAGAGUUCCACGUGGUCUGGCGUGUGCACUGUCAUCUUGGUGGCCUGCGUUUUAGUCUUCCUUUUGGGCAUCGUGCUACACAAUAUGUCGUGCAUCUCUAAGCGCUUCACUGUGAUAUCUUGUGGUUGAAGCCUGUCACAGGGAUGCCUCUUGUGGGUGCCAACUUAGGGGGUGAGCAGGUGUUGGUGAUGGGAUCCCUAUGUUGAGAUGGGGGUGACACUGAGGAUUUGGUACAAGCACUGGCCUCCAAUUGGCCACUUGAUUCACCAGAAGACAAGUGCAGAGGGGGAGAUCUCGGCGAGAUCUCAGGAGUACUGUUUGGAGAUGGGAUCAGCCAUGAAGAUGUAUGCAUGCUUCCUCAUAACUGUGUAUCCAGUGGGCUGUAAUUUAUGAUUUUCCAAAAUCAU